AUGGUGACGUCAUCUACCGUAAUCGUGGAUAACAUUCCGGAAUCCAGAAAACGAAGUCGAAAUGCAAUGGAAAUGAUUGAGAGAAGAACAUCUGCUUCAUCUGCACUUGUCGGUGGAAAUCGUGCUGAUCGAACACAUCGUGCCAAUAGUUCACAGUCAAUGAUCGGAGAGAGAAUGCCACUAAAAGAGUUCCGAAGAGGGACAAGCUUCGUGUGA